AUGCCCCAAGAUUCGAGCGCCGAUAGCCGGUUUAUCACACAGCUAAUGCAAGAUGGCGUCCUAUUUCCUUUGGUGACAGGGCAGGAAAGAAGUAGUCUACAGGACAGACUUUUAGCGAGUCCUGGUAGAUUACUAACUCUUUUCUCACUCGCCCAAGACACACUCUUCUUGGAGCCAUGUGCGAAAGUUCUCCAGCAGCUCGUACCUCCCGGAAUCGACGACCUUAAAUCCGCACUACUGAAAGAGUUUAGAGGCGGCGGGAACACUUGGCCGAUUCAGUUUUCAGAGAGUGUGGUUCAUAAGAUUGAUAUCGACUAUGCAGGAUCGCCAGCUUCAUAUCAAGCUCAGCAAAUGACAACUGCCUACCUGCAGCUCUGGCUGUUUGCAAUGCGUUAUAUUGAAGCCUUCGGCUAUAUAAAACUAGCAGCGCCCUAUGCAGACAGUGAUGCGGCACCACUCGUAUAUAAACCGACCAAGGAAGAAGCUAAACGUCGUCUAGCCGUGCUGGCUCAAUAUUUGGGAUUCGAUUCCAAGCGGAUCCGGUCAGCUCUUUCCGGAAAUACGACGCUGUCUAGUACAAGGGAAUUCUUAGGGACUACUCGUCCCAAGGAGCUCUACGAAUAUCCGACUGACUGGGAGCACAACGCAUCUGAUAAGAUUUUACAGGUCUUGUCCAUUCCACGUGCGAGGAGUGAGAACGAAGCCUUCCUAUCGUCGUUGCCCGUCGGCGGUAAAAAGAGUAUAAGAACAGCCCGGAAGCGAUGCGGGCUCCCUGUUGGCAGGUUCUAUGCAGAGGAUUGUUGUUUCCUGUACAUUCCUCAUCUCAUGGACACGAGUAGAGCGGUAAACGAUUACCCUACUCCGUUCGCCAUCGUCCGCGAUAUUAUCAUUAGCUUCUGGGGACGAGAACACUUCCCGCAAGGAUUUACCCCUCCAUGGCAGAGGUCAUCUGGUGUUUUACUGCCCUCGUCUCAUCCAGUUGUGUCUUUUACUUCAGAGCGGGCUCCAAGCGAGACGUUGUCCCUUCCGGAGUCAAUUGAGCUUGAUCCACACCCGCCUGGUACUCCACCAAUCCCUGCGGACCAGGAUCAAAUAUUGACGAACGCUUCAAGAAUGAUGACAACUGAAGCUUAUAACUCGGAUAUGGACUUAGAUGUCCCCAUCGCCGCGGGAUUCGAAGAUGAAACGCAUAUUGCUCCGCUAAAUCAGACUGCGUAUAUCGCACACAAUAGGAGCGCUAAAGAGAUCACCAAGCUAUGGAACAAUUACGGUACCGCAGAGCUCUCGGUCUACUACAUUUUCAAAAAACGCGCAUAUCGUAAAUUUAGGUUGGGGGAUCCUGGUCUAUUCUCUGCGGUCUCGUCAUUCGUGUAUGAAGUGGCUAAUGACCACUUCUUCUAUACUAUUGAGAAUGACGAGGUUGUGAUGCUCAGCGCAAGCCAGGCAAUAGAAGUGGCACAGACAGGGAAGCGGCUCAUCUUCGUCUCCACAGCAUUUGAGCACCAAGAGGAACCCCCAAUGGUGCAUUACUGGGACUAUAUCUGCUCAUUUGAUCCAAAGACAGGAAAGCGAGCCGCAAACUCCACCGCAGUUAUAAGGAAGCAGCAUAAGCGUAUAUCAGACAGUGAUUCUGAUGUUGAAAGUGAAUUCUAG